AUGCAGAGUCUGAAAGGUGGUGCAGAAGCCAUAGCCCAUUUGGACCAGUUAGAAGCUGAUUAUUAUGAUCUACAGCUUCAAUUAUAUGAAGUGCAAUUUGAGAUCUUGAAAUGUGAAGAGCUGCUGCUGACAGCACAACUUGAAAGCAUCAGAAGACUGAUGUCAGAGAAGAGAGAUGAAGUGGUAUAUUAUGACACUUACGAAAGUAUGGAAGCUAUGCUUGAAAAAGAGGAUAUGGCAACAUCUGUACACUUUCAAAAAGAGGAGCUGCAAAAGUUACAACAAAAAAUCCGCCAGCUGGAAGCAAGGCGUGGACAUAUUUCAGCGAAGAAAGCCUACCUCAGAAAUAAGAAGGAGAUCUGUAUUGCAAAGCAUAAUGAAAAAAUCCAGCAACAUCACCAGAGCGAGGAGGAAUAUAAAACACACCAUACUAUUCAGCUAAAGCGAGAUCAACUACAAGUUGAAGAGGAAAGAAAGGGCUCCUGGGUUUGUCAGGAACGACAGAAAACACUGGACAGACUUCGCACGUUUAAGCAGCGGUACCCUGGGCAAGUAAUACUUAAAUCAACCAGACUACGAAUGGCUCAUGCAAGAAGAAAAUGUGCAGCCAGCUCAGUGUCCUGUGUAGAUCAGCUUCAAUCUUUGCCAGCAACCAUACAAAUCCAAGAGAAAAGUGAGUUGGAAUUGGAAAAUGCAGUUCAGCCUUUGCAAGUGCAGGAAUCCACAAGCUUAGAACAACUUCAAGAUAUCUCGUUACCUCUCAAUGGUGUUACCUCUGAACUGCCUCAAGUUAGUACUUCUCCGCUCACCAGUAAUGAGCUUCAACCAGAGACUGUUACUGUAGUACCACUUCCACCCCCUUUGCCUCCACCACCUCCACCUCCGCUUCCAAUUUUGCCCUCCAAGGAAGAUGACACCAAAUCCUUAGAGAAAAGCGACAGCUUUGUUAAACAUCAGAGUGAGGAGAAGGGAGUCCAGCGCUCUUCUAGUGUCCCAACAGCACAUCUGUUUGACAGCAGUCAGCUAGUCAAUGCCAAGAAGAAGCUUAAGAAGACCAGUGAUCUAGAGGGUUUACACAGGAGGAGAGUGAGUUCCCCAAUGGAUGAAGUGCUGGCUUCCUUGAAACGUGGCAGCUUUCACUUAAGAAAAGUUGAGCAGAGAAGUCUUCCUCCUUUUCCCAAUGAAGACGAUAGCAAUAACAUCUUGGCACAGAUCAGGAAAGGGGUGAAACUGAAGAAAGUGCAGAAAGAUGUUUUGAGAGAAUCCUUUACAAUUCUGCCUGAUACUGACCCUCUGACAAGGAGCAUCCAUGAAGCAUUGCGAAGAAUUAAGGAAGCAUCACCUGAAUCAGAGGAUGAAGAGGAGAGUUUGUCUUGCACAGACUGGGAAAAUUAA